GAAAGUCCUUUCACCAGCGUUCAUCAGCAAGUAGCACGUCGUUUUCGCCUGUUGGCUGAUUUUCUUGUUGUACUCGAGUAAAGUAUCCAUUAUAUUUUUGUUUGUCGAGCUCAACAACAGAAUACUCCCAGCCUUGUCAGGGGAACCGAAGACCCCACCUCGGCCACCAUGGCCGGCCAUUAGAAGUGAAUUGAUCGCUUCUUGUUGAGCAUUCCCUGCGAUAGUGCUGGGGUAGUGAACUUUUAGAUGCGAUAGAUUUCCGAACGAGGAAAGUUUGUGGUGGACCCUGAUCCGGGAGGAUAGGUUGAGCUUCUCUUCGGAUUGUCUCCCUGUCGCCGUGUUCCAAUCGGCUCCCCAGUAGUCCUUGCACAUUUUUUUGUAUUGAAGACGUCGCCAGAGAACUAAUCCAAGAUGUCGGGUUGGCAAGGGAAAACCGUCAAGAAGAGUGGCGUGGAGGACAUGACCCUCCUGACGCAAAUCAAAGAAGCUGCCAUCUGCGAGAACCUGAAGAAGCGCUACCUGGACGAUCUCAUUUUCACCUACAUUGGCCCUGUGUUGAUUUCCGUCAACCCGUUCAAGGCAAUGCCAUACUUCACCGAUAACGAGAUCGGGCAAUACCAAGGAUGUGCAAGCUAUGAAAACCCUCCUCACAUCUAUGCUGUUACGGACAACAUGUUCCGCAACAUGGUUAUUGACAAGGAACCCCAGUGUGUUAUUAUCUCUGGAGAGUCCGGUGCUGGCAAGACCGUGGCAGCUAAGUUCAUCAUGAAUUACAUCACCAAGGUAUCCGGAGGUGGUGAUGCUGUGCAGCGUGUCAAGGAUGUCAUCUUGCAGUCCAACCCGCUGCUGGAAGCGUUUGGAAACGCCAAGACGUCGCGAAAUAACAACUCUAGUCGAUUUGGAAAGUAUGUGGAAAUGCAGUUUGCUGGUGGCGGCACACCGAUCGGUGGCAAGAUUUCCCAGUUCUUGCUUGAGAAGUCGCGUGUGGUGAGCCAGAACCCCAGCGAGAGAAACUUCCAUAUCUUCUACCAGCUGUUGGCUGGUGCCACGGACAGUGACAAAGAGGCUCUUGGUCUCUCCACACCUGAUUACUUCUACUAUCUGAACCAGAGUGGAACAUACACUGUUGACGGCAUCUGCGAUAUCGACGACUACAAUGAAAUGAGGAGUGCUAUGAACACAAUUGGUCUGACAGCUGAUGAGCAGUACUACGUCAUCUCCAUUGUGGCGGCCAUUCUUCACCUUGGCAACGUGUCCUUUGUGGAAAACGGCAACUAUGCCGCCCCUGCUGACGCAACGUACCUGCAGUUUCCUUCGUAUCUGUUUGGCAUCGAUGAGACACAGCUCACCACCAAGCUAACCAGCCGUGUGAUGACGGUACGGGGUGAGAGCACAGAUGUCCUCUUCAACCCGGAGCAGGCUGGACAGGCAAGAGAUGCCCUAACCAAGUCGCUCUACGCCCGUGUCUUUGACUUGCUUGUCGAGUCCGUCAAUCAAGCUAUGACGACGAAAAAUUUCGACAAUACCAUCGGUGUCCUGGACAUCUAUGGUUUUGAGAUCUUCAAGAAGAACGGCUUCGAACAGUUCUGCAUCAACUUUGUCAACGAGAAGCUGCAGCAGAUCUUCAUUGAGCUGACACUGAAAGCUGAGCAGGAUGAAUAUGUUUCAGAAGGCAUUAAGUGGACGCCCAUUGACUUCUUCAACAACAAAGUUGUGUGUGAGCUGAUCGAAAGCAAGAAACCGCCGGGUAUUGUGUCAGUGAUGGACGAUGUUUGCGCCACCAUGCAUGCCCAGACUGACGGUGCUGAUAGCAAACUGCUGGAGAAACUCAUGGGAGCUACGCUGCCCGGUGCCAACCACUUCAACCUGUUCAGCGCUGGCUUCACCGUGCAGCAUUACGCUGGAAAGGUGACGUACGAUGCCGAGGGCUUCUGUGAACGUAACCGUGACGUACUCUUCACCGAUCUCAUCGAGCUCAUGCAGAGCAGCAACAUCCCCUUCUUAGUCAGCCUCUUCCCAGAGAAGACAAAGGAGAAGUCCAAGGGACGACCGACAACAUUCGGCUCCAAGAUCAGGACUCAAGCCAACGUACUUGUGGACACGUUGAUGAAGUGCCAGCCGAGCUACGUGCGUUGCAUCAAGCCCAACGAAACCAAGAAACCGCACGACUGGGAUGAGAACAGGAUGAAGCAUCAGGUUGAGUACCUUGGUCUCAAGGAGAACAUUCGAGUACGUCGUGCUGGAUUCGCGUAUCGCCGACCCUUUGAGAAGUUCGUUCAGCGGUUUGCCAUUCUGACACCGGAGACCUGGCCAAAGUGGCACGGUGGUGCUAUCGACGGUUGUAAGCACAUUCUCAGUGCCGUGCACAUGGAACCGGACCAAUGGCAAGUUGGUACUAGCAAGCUGUUCAUCAAAAACCCCGAAUCGCUCUUCCUUUUGGAAGAAUCUCGUGACAGGAAGUUUGACGGCUUUGCCCGCGUCAUCCAGAAGUCAUACCGUGCCUACAAGGGCAGAAAGGAUGCUCUGCAGCGAAGAGAGGAAGCUUCGGCCGUCGUCUUCAACAGGAAACAGCGUCGGCGUGGCACGAUCAACAGGAACUUUGUUGGAGAUUAUCUCGGCAUGGAGGACAAGCCGCAACUGCGACAGUUCCUGCCCAAGAGGAUGAAGGUGGAGUUUGCCGCAAUUUGCACCAAGUAUGACAGGCGGUUCAAGGCUGCGGACCGUUAUUUGAUCAUGACCGCAAAGGAGAUCUACUUGAUUGGCGCAGAGAAGAUCAAGAAGGGGCCGGAGAAGGGCAAGAUUGUGGAGGUCGUGAAGCGCCAGCUUGCGCUCAACAACCUUCAGUCAAUCUCUGUCAGUGAGCUUCAGGAUGAUUUCAUGAUCUUCCAUGUAAAAGGAGAGUAUGACACGCUGAUCGAGUGUCUCUUCAAGACCGAGUUCCUGACCGUCUACACCAAGAAGUACGAGGCGCUGGAAGGCUCCAAACCGACGAUCAACUUCUCCAACAACAUCUCCAUGACGAUCAAGAAGGAAGGCUGGGGCGGUGGCGGCACCCGCUCAGUGAUAUUCCAGAGAGGUACCGGUGAUGCAGCACUUCUCAAGCCAUCUGGCAAGGGCCUGGCAAUCAGUAUUGGCGAUGGCUUGCCAUCCAACACUAGGCCCAGCAACAAACCAUUGGCGUCUUCUAACCGCGCAUCCGUGACUAGCAUGUCAGGAAAGAGUAGCCGCAACUCAUCACAGCGCAAGCGCCAGUCGGUCAACAAGUCACUGUCGUCCUCGCGCCCAUCACCAAGUGGUGCCAAGCCCAACAUCCACAAGUCUGGGGCCAAGGGGCUGGCCAAGACAACCGUAGCAGAGGUGGAUGAUGCCGACAUCUUCCAGCAGCAACAGUCCUCGUCGACAGGCAGAGCGAAGCCCGGCCGACCCCCGCCAAAGCCUUCUCCAGCAAGCAAGCCCAAGGUCAUGGUAAAGGCCAUCUAUGCAUAUGAGCCACAGGAUGCCGAGGAACUGGCCUUGAACGAGAAUGAUAUGAUUGAGCUGCUGGAAGAGCGUGACAGUGGCUGGUGGAAGGGCAAGCUGAAUGGCAAGACUGGACUCUUUCCCUACAACUAUGUCGAGAAGGUCUGAGGGCAGCAGAGUGCAACAGUUAGCAGUAUCGCCUGAUGCAAUCUGUAUGCGCCGCUGGUGUCCAAUCUUUCCCUGUAGUGUUGUGUCCAAACUGUGUCCAGCUUCUUCUGGUAGCAUUCCUGCUCGACUAACCAAUCCGCGUGAACGCGGGCGAAACAUACUGGCUGCAGAGACGCCAGUCUAGCUGUAUCUACCCUCUUGCUUUUCUCCUCCUCCUGUUGUUGUUGUCGUCGUUGUUGCUGUCCCUGUUGUUGUUGUCACUCCUCUGACCUAACACCUAUCAGAAUUAAAAACACUGUCACAACCGUACUAUGAGCCAUCAUGCAUCCAUUUACCUCUGCCUCAGUCCCUGUUUCGGCGCGUCAGCGGAGCAGGAUUCGGCAAAUUGUUUUGCCCUGUUUCCUUUUACGAUACUCGUUCUGUUCUUCCUCUCAAAGCAUGCCUCCCCAUCGUCCAGUGGAGAACAUAUUGCUGUAUGCACUUCACUUCAUAAGCGUAAUGCAGAACUGACAACUGUGUUACUCCAUGCUCUUGUGCUCCAGUUUAUCUCUAUGGCAACCAUUCGAAAUGCCUAUUCACCAGCUUGUUCUGCCUUGACAACCUAACCAGUAAUUUUACCACUUUUAUUUAUAAAUCAUCUGCUCUUCCCCUUCACAAAUUGUUUAUUUUCCGUCUAUUUUCCUCCAUUUUAUUCUAGCUGCGUGUGUACAUUAUUUUCAUCACCAGGAUCUUGCUCUCCCUGGCAGCUGCAGGGAGAGAGGGAGGUUUAGAAAAUGGCGUGAACGUAAGAACCAAAAUCUUCAUAAACCGUG